AUGGACGCCGAAAUGUACGCUCAGGAGGCGGUCCGGACCCCCCUGCAUACCGCCGCCGCUCUGCCUCUUGAGUCUAAUCCUCCACAACAACCGCAUCAACUUCCUUUCGUUUGUACCGGGGACCCAAACUGUACUAGAAGCUAUGAGAAGAAGUAUGAGCUCAAUCGCCACAUGAGGAAGCAUAGCAAGCCAUGCGCUUGUACAGUCGAGAAUUGCACUGCAAGAUUUGCGGAUAAGAAGGGUUUGGACCGACACAAGGCCACUCAUGGCAUUGGAAGGGAUGAAUUUGAUUGUCCUGAGUGCACCGAAACAUUCACAAGGGCCGAUAACCUGUACCGCCAUCGGCAAAAGCAACAUCAAUUCAUGGGUUAA